AUUCCACGUGAAGUCAUAGAAUAGAAACAUGUGUGACUAAACAGAGUAGUGACAACUAUUAAAUUGCAUCAACAUUGCAAAACAAGUGUCAUAUCAUAUAGAUGGAAAAUUAUGAAAACAUCAAAAACCCCACAAACAAAAAACACCCUUUGGUUUAAUCAUACCAAAAUUGGUUUCAAUUGAUGAAAAAUUGAAAUGGAAAGAAAGAGGCAAAGUAGAGUGAAGGAGUGGAAAAAUUGUAUUAAUUAUUGGUUUUGGUUAGUUGGUUAUGUAUGUACAAUUUGGUGGCUUUUUUCAUUUUUGUAUCAAUUUUUGCCAGCUACAUUGAUUGGAUUUGAAGCUGUAGAAUCACCUGGAUUGAAGUUGAAUAGUGAAGGGGUGAAAGCACUUCAUCCUGUUGUUCUUGUGCCUGGUAUUGUUACUGCUGGAUUGGAACUUUGGGAAGGGAGACCUUGUGCUGAUGGACUGUUUAGAAAACGUUUGUGGGGUGCCACUUUUCCUCAAAUGCUUAAAAGGCCUUUAUGUUGGUUAGAGCAUCUCUCUCUACAUAAUGAGACUGGUCUGGACCCACCAGGAAUUCGAGUCAGGGCAGUUGCAGCUGACGAUUUUGCUUCUGGUUAUCAAGUUUGGGCGGUCUUAAUAGAGAAUUUGGCAAGAAUUGGUUAUGAAGGGAAGAAUUUGCACAUGGCUACCUACGACUGGAGAUUGUCUUUCCAAAACACCGAGAUUCGAGACCAAAGUCUUAGUAGAUUGAAAAGUAAAAUUGAGCUUAUGUUUGUAACAAAUGGCUAUAAGAAAGUGGUAGUUGUGCCUCAAUCUAUGGGGGCUAUUUAUUUUCUCCAUUUCCUAAAAUGGGUUGAGACACCUCCUCCCAUGGGAGGUGGUGGUGGUCCAGGUUGGUGUGACAAGCAUAUCAAAGCAAUCAUGAAUAUCAGCCCGGAAUUUCUCGGUGUUCCGAAGGCAGUUAGCAAUAUAUUUUCAGCUGAAGGCAGUGAUGCUGCAUUUGUCAGAGCCGUGACUUCUGGCGUUUUAAAUUUCGAUUACCUCGGACUUCAAACAGUUGAGCAUGUCUUGCGGGUUUGUAGAACUUGGGAUUCAAUCAUCUCAUUGAUGCCAAAGGGAGGUGAAACCAUCUGGCGUGACUUGCAUUGGGGUCCUAAAGAAGGGAAUAAAUAUGAAAAGAGGGGACAUGUGAAGUACUUUGUAAGUAACAACACUUAUAGCUGCGCUGAUAUGCAAAACAGUCUCAACGUAAAAGAACCUAUAAAUUAUGGAGGAAUAAACUCUGUUAGCAAGGCCGUCUCACAGUUACUUGCUUCACUUCUUUCUACACUUGAUUCAGAAUCCGAGGAUAUUUUAUCCAACCGUAUUUCCACUACUUUUAACUUAACAUGUGAGAAUGAGAUGCGUAGAGAAUGCAUCCCAAAUGUUGGUAAAAGAAAGGCAACAGGAAGAACCGAUCUUGAUUUACAUAAUUUUGUGGCUCCGAAAAUGAUGAAACGUGCCGAUGCUCAUUUCUCUCACGGUAUAGCAGAUAACUUAGAUGAUCCUAAAUACACACAUUACAAAUACUGGUCUAAUCCACUUGAAACCAAACUUCCUGAUGCUCCGAAUAUGGAAGUAUACUGCCUAUAUGGUGUCGAAAUUUCGACUGAAAGAUCAUACGUACCCAAGCUGUCCCUUUCUGACAAGUACAAGCAUAUUCCUUUCCAGAUUAAUAAUUCAUCUGAUGUACAAAACGGAACUAAAUUACAAAAUGAUGUUUAUUUAGUAGAUGGUGAUGAGCGUGUGAAUGUUGUAAGUUCAGGGUUCAUGUGUGCCAAAGGAUGGCGCAGAAGAACUCGGUUUAAUCCUUCGAGCAUGGCUACAUAUAUAAGAGAGUAUCAGCAGAAACAACGAGGUAGUGUUCUUGAAGUGAGAGGUCUAGAGAGCGGAGCACGUGUCAACAACAUUAUGGGAAACGUUGCAUUGAUUGAAGAUAUUUUACGAGUUGCUGCUGGAGCAACCGGUGCAAAUAUUGGAGGUGAUAGGAUAUUUUCAGAUAUCGUGAGGAUAUCUGAGAGGAUUAGUCUCAGACUAUGAUUAUGUUCAAUAGUUGGAUUUUCUUGCACGGUGAUACAAGGUAUAUAAGAAAUCUACAAGGUUAAUGCCGAAAUCGAAUAUAAGCUGUUAAGAUUUCUGAGAUUCCUCCCCCCUACUUUGAUGUUCUUGUUGGUAGGAUUCAAGCACAGGCUAGAUGCAUCAACCUUGAUCGUAGUCAAAUGGUGUUUCAAAUAUAACGAUAGGGACUUCGAUAUUAUGAGGUGUGCAAGUCGCACAUCGAAGAGUAUAAGGAUGCUCGUGGAGUAUUAGAACUUAGUUGGCUUGGUUUUUUUUUUUUUUUUUUUUUUUUUUUUUUUUUUUUUAUCUUUUUCUCCUAUGAUAGUUAGUUUUCAAAUUAGAGUUCUUGAAGUGUUUGGAUACUUAUUAUAGAAAGUCAAAUAUAUAAUAUAUGAAGCCUAAAUUACACAAAAUUAGUGUUGUUAUAUUUUUUUGGUACAAAAAUUAGUGUUGUUAUUACACCGUUGCAAUUGAAGUAAUCAACUACCUGGAAUUGUACAUUGUGUAAAUCACAAGCUAUCUAUGUCUUUUGAAAUUUUUUCAGGAUUUGUAUAUGUUAUGUAAUGUACAUAAACUUACAAAUAAUCUAAUAAAUUUUUUACUUUUGAUUGAA